AAAUUCCACAAUAUUGUUUUGAUGCCGACUUCCGCGUUGUAAAGACCUUGUAUUUGUACAAAUAACAACAAAACCCGUGCAUAUACCGCAGCGAUUUUGAUGAAAGCAUCUGGUUCUAAAAUAGCAGAAGAAGGCAAAGAACCUCACAAGUUGGAGAAAAACAUGCCGAUGUCGUCACAACAGCGAUCAUCAUGACUGACGACAGGUUUGACCACAUCCCUGUGAGGGAUGGACCACAGUUCCAGAGGGCAGGGGGGAUGGAAAACGAACCCCCUGGUCAGAUCCAGGUGAAACAGCGACAGAUAGUUGCCCAGUUGACCCGUGAUGAGCUGGAAGAUCGGUACCUGAGGCUGUACGAAGAAAACAUCAUCCUGAAGAGACAUGGACGCAAGCAGGAAGACAAGAUUAAAAGGAUGGCAACCAAGCUUCUCCGACUUGUCAACGACAAGAAAAAAGCAGAUCAGCAAGGAGCUGGUCGUGGUGCUGCUAGGCCAGGUGGUCCUGCAAAACGUGGUGGCAGAGACAUAGAGACAGAAGAAAUGCUUGAGGAGCUGCAUGGGAAAAUAAGGGACCUGGAAAAAGAAAAUAGACUGCUUAAGGAAAAGGUGAUGGUAGCUAAACAACAGCUGUCUUCCCAAGGCAAGAGGCAUACACCUUAUACAGGUGUACAGUCAAGAAUCAACACUGGCAUCAAGAAAGUAGGCCAGAUGGUUGCUGUACAACAGAGGCUGAAGCCAGGCAUGAGAGUGCAGGGACCAGAGGAUGUCAGGACGACCUCGCGGUCUGCCCAGCCCAGCGUCCUGCCGCGGUACGGUCACAGCCUGCUGGAGGAGGCUCGGGGGGAGAUCCGCAGCCUGGAGGACCUGGUGUCCAACCUGCAGGACCAGAUCAGGGACCUGGAGGGGGAGGCAGACAUGCUGAGGGAACAGAUGAGACUGAAGGACGCUGAACAUGAGGAGGAGCUGCUGAGGAUGAGGGAACUGAUGGCAGCUGGGCAGAGAGGAAACAUUCAGGAGAAUGUGGACAUGAUCAGGCUACAACGAGAACUGAAAGAGAAGGCCACAAAGCUUACAGCCAUGCAGGCCAAGUACACCAACUUGGAGGAGAAUUUGAGAACAGUGAAGGGCAGUCACGACCAGGUCCUGCGAGAGAUGGAUGGACUGCGGGAACACCUGAAGGCUGAGCAGAACCGUGUCCUCAGACUACAGAACGACCUGAAGCAGGGAGCAACAGCACACAGGACAAUCAUAGAGCUCCAAGAGAGAGUAGUAGACUUAGAAAAAGAGAAUGAUAUCAUUAAGGAGGCCAACACACAGCUACAGAUGAGUGCUUUUGAUGCUGAGAGAGAGAGGCAGCACAGAGCCACAGAGACCAAACUGAGGGUACAGAUAGCUCAGCUGGAGGCCACUCUUAGGUCUGACCUGCAUGAGAAGAAUGAAGUACUGGACAGGGUUACCUUAGAACGAAGUCAGAAUGACAAAAUGCGUGAGGAACAGAAGAACCUCCAGAUCCAGUACUACAGCACCAAACAGGAGCUUGACGAACUCAAACAGAAGAUGCAGUUCUUCACAAAGGAAAGUGCUGUAGACUUUCAGGAGCUGGAAGAGGCAUUAGUUUUGAUUAAGACAAGAAAAGAGAGAGGAAGUCAGAACCUGGACUUCUUGGAGAAGGUGGAAGAGGAAAAAAGCAGAGACCUGCAACAGAGAAUGGUGCGUCUACAGGCAGAGCACGCAGACACAGUAAAUGAGCUGGAGAAAACACGCAACAUGCUCAUCAUUCAGCACAGGAUCAACAAGGACUACCAGACUGAGGUGGAGAGUGUGUCCAAGAGGAUGGAGGAUUUGAGAAAGGAAUAUGAGACCAAACUGGAGGAGUAUGCCAAGCUACUGGACAUCAGAGCUGCAAGGAUAAAGAAACUAGAGAGACAACUGAGGGAUGUUGCCUAUGGGACCAAGCAGUACAAACUGAAGCCCACAGAGGAGGAAGAGGAGGAGGAUGUAGAGGAGAUAGAUGAAACAGUACACCUGGAGAGAGGAGAAAACCUGUUUGAGAUUCAUAUCAUCAAAGUGGUGCUAUCACAGGAAGCCCUUGACCACCUUGGAGAUGCGGAGCCGUCCCUGUUCUGUACAUACGAGUUUUAUGACUUUGAGCUGCAGACAACCCCUGUUGUCAGAGGUGCUAAGCCAGAAUUCAAGUUUACGUCGAAGUACGUUGUGAAAGUGGAUGAUUUCUUCUUACACUAUCUGCAGAAGGAGUCUACUACUCUAGAAGUACACCAAGCUAUGGGUCUGGACUACACAACGUUAGCCGUCUGCCAGCUCAAGUUUAGGGACUUGCUGGACAAGCCACAGGGGAGGAUAUUCAGCACAACGUAUCUAACUAGUCCUGAGGGGGUUAACUUUGGAACAGUGGAAUACUGGGUCCGACUGAGGGUGCCUAUGGACCAGGCACUCAGACUAUUCAAGGAGCGGACAAAGGCUCUUGGGUACAUAGCAGCCAAUGAGAGGGCUACCCAGCAGGCGUUGCAGGUUCUGGAUGAGUCCACUGCUCCUCGUGCCAAAGACAAUGUCAAUGACCUUCACAUCAGGGUCGUCAGGUGUUCCGACCUUACUGCAAGAAGAGACGGAGUCCAGCCCAGCCCCUAUGUGGUGUACAAGUUCUUUGACUUCCCUGACCAUGACACUGACAUCGUCAUGUCCAGUAGUUCACCACAGUUCAAUGACCACAAGACGUACCCUGUCCCCAUGGACAUGCAGCUGGACACUUACCUCAAGUCUGCUCAUCUGGAGCUGUAUGUAUUUGAUGACACAGACCCUGAGGAAACAGCCUACCUGGGCAGAGCCAACGUGCCUCUCAUCUCACUAGCACACGACAAAGCCAUCAAGGGGGUCUUUGAACUCAAAAGGGCUGACACCAGUGUGAAUGGUAAUGUGGAAGUUCACCUGAGAUGGCAGUAUGCCUACCUGCCACCACCCAUGGCCAGUAUGACACCAGAGCAGGCUGCUGCUGCCCCUGGUGUUGUCCCUGAGAAACCCCAGUUGCUGCCAGGCAAGGAGGAGAAGCUGGCUGCUGCGGUCCCCCCUGCCGCCAUACGACCCAUCCCUCCCCCUAUCACACCCGCAUCCACACCUGGACAUGUCACACCACCCACUGUCCCUACUCCAAAGGUUCCAUCAGCGGCCUCUACACCCCGUACCUUGUCACCAGAACACCCCCCAUCUGUGGUUGUCUCUCCACCUGGCUCCAAACCCCCCUCCCGACCCACCAGUGCCAAAACUCCAUCACGCCCAUCCAGCGCAAAGACAGUAUCCAGACCAUCUAGUGCAAAAUCUGUCCAGGAGGCCAAACCUCCACCAUCUCCAAGAACAGAGGCUCCCAAACCUGUGCCGAGGGCUCGACAGCCUGUGGUGCCUGAACCUAAACCUGAGCCUGAACCUGUGGUGGACGAGGCAGAGGAGAGCAGCUCUACUGUAUCUGUUACUCCUGAGUCAGCCGCAGAGGAGGAAGAGUCUGUCUCGGAGGAAAUGAAACGAGAGGAACUUGAUGAGACCACAAAACCAGAGCCAGAGAAAGAGGAACAGCUUGGGGACACAGAACCGAUUGAGGACACAAUGUUUGAGGAGAAGCCCAGCAGUGACAUAGAAGAGGACAUAGAGGAGCCCAGCUCAGAGGAAGAUGAUGUCGUCAUGCCUGCAGCUCCUAAGAAGAAGGAAGAUGAGAAGGCGGACACAGACGUUAGCGAGAGUCUGGAGUCAGAUAGUGACGUGGUGAUGUCCAAACCACUGGCCUCCAGACAAACCAGUGCACAGGCAGAUGACCUUACACAGAAGGAUGGUGAAGAUACUGAUGAGAUGGAAUCUGACAGUGAUGUUGUCAUGUCUGUGACACAUUCACUUGGACAAAGCCUAGGGGCCAAUAACAUGGUGACAGUCACCAUCUUUGAAUUCCAACUGAAUGGCGACGCAGCAGUGUUGCAUGAUGGGAAUGUGCGUAUGCUGUUUGUGGAGUAUCGUUUUCUGGGCAGGCCCCCGGAGGAGACAGAGACCCCGUUUUCCCUGCCCAAACCUUCUCGGGCAAACCAACCCAUCAAGUACAACUUCAGGAGAGUGUUCCAUGUAGACCCUGAGAACAAUGAGCUGACCAGGGAUUAUCUCAUCAGCAUGCUGCUGCCUGGGGACCCCUCUCAGGGAAGGAUCAAGUUCACAGUGGUGAAUGAGCCUGAGGAUGAGGAGGGAGAGUGUGCUGACAUUGGACAUGCCUACGUGGACCUCAAACAGAUCUUGGAGAAGGGAGAGGAUGUGGUGGAACAGGACAUAGAUGUUGUUGAUGUGAAUGAUGAGAGGGAGGUGAUCGGUGCCCUGAAUGUCAGUGUGGAGGCACUGGCCGCACUGAGGGCAGUACAAAAGGAACUACCAGCCCUGGAGGAGUCCUGAUCACUCUGUACAACUUCAACACUUCUCAUGUCUAUCUGUAUAGAAACAUUCAUUCUCAUUCAUGCAUUUCUCAUUGAUUUCAAACUUGUGCAAGUAGACUUUGCAGGCCGUCCAUUUAAAAGUUGAAACUAUAUGUCAUUGAAUGAUUAUUAUGCCCAUCCUUUGUUGAUGUAAAAUCUUGAUUUAAGUCAUAGGACCUUUAGUCUAGACAUUAGUGUAAAUACAGCAGGAUAGACUUGUAAGCUAUAUUCUUUCAAAUAAAAAAGUUGUUGCA